CACAGAAGUGAGCGCAUCUCGGGUCUCGCGCGGAGCGGAAGUGGGUCGUGGGGCAGGGCUCGCGCUCCACUGCAUAUAAACGCACGCGGACUUCCUCAAACUCACUUUGCAUCGGAGCAGAGACGCACUCAGAUCUAAGCAGCAUCAUGAGCUGGGACAGCUACAUCACGAGCCUGACCAAGAGCGAGUGGGUGGAUGAUGCGGUCAUCCUCGGGUGCACACCGGGUCAGGAGUCCGUUUGGGCGUCCGCACCGGGCGGCUGGCUCAACCAAGUCACGGCGGCUGAGGUGAAGGCUCUCGUCGCCAGUGACCGCAGCACUCUGUUUGCCAACGGAGCGACUCUGGCCGGGAAAAAGUGCACGGUGCUGAGAGAUGCUCUGAAUGUGGACGGCCAGAACACCAUGGACAUCAAGAUGAAGACCUCAGAGAAAGAGCCUGACCCCUUCUCCUUCACCAUCGGCAAAACUCACAAAGCGAUAAUCAUUGCUAAAGGUGUAAAAGAUGCUCAUGGAGGCAAAGUCAAUCCACCCGUCUUUGACAUGACCGCAUACCUAAGGAAAAUGAACAUGUGAACAAGCCCCGCCCCCUGUCCUGCUGACUCCGCCCACUCCCCCCACGCUCUGCCACUUCACCUGUCGGCCGUCUGCAGGAUCUGACCUGAUCUCCAUUCAUAAAGCCAGAAGAACUGCUCCAAGAUCAACCAGACGUGUGCUU